CAACAAUGAAGGUAUUCUGCAGAAUCUUGAAAACUGACAGAAACUGUCAUAUUUCGAAUCGAUGUGGCAAUAUAUUUGAUCCGCACAAGUCUCCUUACAUCAUAAGAACAAUUCCUUAUAAGUGCAACGAUCAAGUCGGUUCGAUCCAGUCAUAAAGUUUCGAAUGAAUGGCAAGCAAUAUAACCGAGGCAGGGUUUACAAUGCGCGUCGAAUCGUUCAAGAAAUCAGUGCGCCGCGAAUAUUUGCACAGAUUGUUGAGUGCGCUUGCAACUAAAAUGGUUUGCACCGGCGGCAUGAAAAUCUUUAUUUUGAAUCUUUUUGUUGCAUUAAAUAUACGAGAGAGCUAUCAAUGCCCUUUAGAAGAAGACGCGAAAGCAGCGUACAAAUCUGGUGAAAUCCCCGAUCAGAGUACACCAAUCACAUUGGACAAGAUCAAAGCUAAACUAAAAGAGAGUGAGAUAUUCGAUUGGCAAGACCCUUCACUCACUGACCGUGAGAAGAAAGAGAUGCAGAAGCUGUUUGACGCAGUAGAAAUUAUGACGACAUCCCGCAACAGGCAACCCGCCGCUGUACAGAACAUGUUCUCUUCGCUGCGAUUGGUAGAGAGAGCUGUAAAGAAACAGCUGAAGGAGGGCCAACUAACAGAGUCGUUGGCGUCCAGAUUCCAUUGGGAAAAGUUGUCCGCUCGCCACAGAAGAGAUAAAUCAACAUAUCAUUUGGACACGGCAACGAAUAUGAGAGUAUUUAAUCUAGCAUAGAUCAAAACUACGAAAAAAACUACCAUAUUAGGUAGUGGCACCAAUGACCGACAAGAACCAAUGAUCGGACCUUUUUUGUGAUCAAUGAAUGAAUGAUGAUUGGUUACUUACCCUUCUUUUAAGCAUCUAUAUAUUAUAUUAUGCGCAUCUAUAGCUCGCUGUUAACAUAUUUAGUUAUCGGUUACCUACUCUUCUUUACAUUGAUCACAGAUUAAAAUGUCGAUCAUUUUCUUGUCGGUCAUGGGUGCCACUACUUUAAUUAUCUGUUGUGUACAUGGAGCAAAAACAAAGAGGAGGUGUCGUAUCGCGUUUACACUAAGAAAUGAAGUGAAGCCAUUGACAGAUAGCGGGGGGAGGUGCAGCAUCCCAAUAGCGCCAACGUGACGAGUAACGAAACUAAAAUCUAGUUACUUGUAAACACGACGACACACACGAGUCGGAGCCGGACUAAAUAACCUUCCCCUAUCAGUGGCUUCACUUGAUUUCCUAGAGUAAACGCAAUACAAAACCUCCAUUCGAACACAUAAGAAUUAUAAGAAAACGGAAUAUAAUAAAAUAAAGCCUAGCAUUUGCAUAAUUUAACAUGGAGAUGUUUACAUCAUUCAUUAGGGCGAAGCCCGUAUUAAUUUAACAAUGGGCAUACUUAUUUUACAAUAUUUUUUUCUUUUUACGUAAUUAGGGUUAUAAAGCGUAUAACAUUUUGUUUUGUUUGCAUAAAUUCUGAAGUUUAAAAGUACAUUUACAUGACUUUUAUGUAUGUGUCUUUUUCUUUAUUGCUUAUUCAUUCGGAAUCAGUAUUUGUUUUAUUUGUUGACUUCAUAAUUAGAAUUAUAUUUUGAUGGAGCCAUAUUCAAUGAGUUUUGAAGUAUUUCUAAUUGACUAAACAUGGUCUAAAUCGAGGAUUUUCGAAAAUCUGAGGUAAUAAGGGCAAUUUUCAAUAAAUCUAGAGCAAAAUCAAAACCUGAUUGUGUUAUGUAACACUGGAUAGUAUUUAGUAUGUCUAUUUGACGUUAGAUGGCAACAUUCGUACUGGUAGUAAUAUUGAUAUAUUAAAAAAUAUGAUUUUAUCUCAUUUAAGCAAUAAAUUUUU